UCAUUCAAUCACCGUUCAUAGUUCACCUCUUGUGUUUAUUUGUCGGAAGGCGUACCUAUUCGUGUUUAUUUUUCUCGUGGUGUUUUUCUACUAAAACACGUUAAUAUUACAUUUCUUAGUUAUUUUCGUCAAAUUAUGAUCGAAAAUGGAUGCCGUAUUUGAUAUUUGUUAUUUAUCGUCAGACGGGAAUAACGUCGAGCCUGAUGAUAUUCCUCAGACAAAGGAGAGCGUAUGGAUCCUGGGGAAAAAAUACAGCGCUAUUCAGGAUUUGGACCGGAUCAGGCGAGACAUCACUUCUAUAAUUUGGUGUACUUAUAGAAAGGGUUUCAUUCCCAUCGGUGACGAGGGUCUUACGUCUGACAAAGGAUGGGGUUGCAUGCUGCGUUGUGGCCAAAUGGUGCUCGGGGUCGCGCUCGUCAGAGUACAUCUAUCAGCUGACUGGGUCUGGACGCCAGAGACCAGAGAUCCCACCUACCUGAAGAUUAUUCAAAGAUUUGAAGAAAGAAAGCAAGCUCCCUACUCCAUCCACCAGGUGGCGCUGAUGGGAGCUUCAGAAGGAAAGCAAGUGGGCCAAUGGUUUGGGCCCAAUACUGUUGCUCAAGUUCUAAAGAAGCUGACAGUUUAUGACAAGUGGAGUUCCCUUGUGAUUCACGUGGCUUUAGAUAAUACCGUUGUUAAAGAGGACAUAUUACAGCAAUGUGUUGUGAACAACGACCGAGGUGAUUGCUCAGCGGCCCCAGACAGUCUGGUCACCGACUGGAUGCCGCUACUGUUGAUAGUGCCGCUCAGGCUCGGACUUAGCGAAAUUAACCCUAUUUAUAUAGAUGGAUUGAAGAUAUGUUUUCAAUGUCCUCAAUCGAUCGGCGUGAUUGGUGGCAAGCCCAACCAGGCUCUGUACCUGGUGGGCUGCGUGGAAGACGAGGUCAUCUACUUGGAUCCUCACACCACACAGAGAUCUGGACUAGUUGAGACCAAAACGACAGACGAACAAAAAGAAAUGGACUGCUCAUAUCAUUGUAAAUAUGCUUCCCGAAUACCUAUGUUGGCGAUGGACCCGUCCGUUGCUGUGUGCUUCCUGUGCCGAACAAAAAGUGAUUUUGAAGAAUUAUGCGCUACCAUAGAAACUAAGCUGAUGUGUGAAAGCCAACCAUUAUUCGAAAUAUGCGAGAAGAGACCGGCCCACUGGGGGCCCAUGACUUCCGACAUAGAUCUACAGAAUACUACACUAUUCACAGAAUUCGAAGACGUAGACAGGCAGUUUGACGACUCUGACGACGAAUUCGAGAUUCUGUGAAAGUUCUAACAACUGAAUAAAAUGCAAUUCAUCACACAAACGUCUUUAUGUAGAUAAUUAUACUUUAAUGUAAUGUUAUAUUGCGCAGAUACUCGUACUUAUGUACUAGUAAUAACUAACUUGUUUAAGUUACCUACAUUAGACUUCAUACGUUAGAAAUAGUGCCUACGACUGGAUAGUGUAAGCCGAUACAUUAUUCUUUGCAGUGCCUUUACAUUUUAUUGUGCAAUUUAUGUAAAUAAACGCUACGAAAGUAAACUAAAACUGGUUCAAUUGACAUUCCUGAGGAAAUUUGUGAUAAUCAGUGCAUCUUAUAGGCAACUUGUAGAGGUCAGGUUCAUCUAGUCAUAAUUUAGAUAGACUCGAAAUAUUCAUGCUGGAUAUGAUACUACAACAAAACAAUCAUUAUGUAUUCUAUAAUCAUACCGUUUCAAUAAGAGAAUGGAUUCAGUUUAAUUUUCACAUAUAACAGUCAUUCUCCCAUUUUCCAGUUUGACGUUUCCUGUUUCUAAUUACCGUGACCAUCAUUUUUAAAGAUCUUAGAAACAUUAUUUACAAAACCGCCAAUGAUUGUUACAUGUUGCAUGGAUGACUGAAUUUAUAUCUUUUGAUUUGUCUGUUUCGUUUGGCGUGCCAUUGGAGAGGCCUAUGUCCAGCAGUAAAUAGGCUGAUGAUGAUGAUUUGUUUUAUAUCUUAAUAUGUUUAGGUCAAUAUAAAUGGUCACGGUAAUUAGAAACGUCAAACCGGAGAAUAACCGAUAAAAGGUCCAAAUAAUUCUUACAUUAAUUGCAUAAUACCUAUAUUCUGAGUAGAUUUAGAUUUUAGUUAUUAACACAGAGCCAAUUAUAUGCCAUUAGCAUUAAUUAAGUAAGCUCUAGAUCUUAGUAUAAUGUAUCAUGAUGAUAAUGUAUUUAAAUAUUGUGUUUCUAAGAAUUUUGUAACGAGAAGAAAUAACUAUGUGUUGAAAUAAUUUGUGUUAUGUGUUUAGGAUAAUGUUUUGUUACGAAUUCGGCUGGAAGGUGCAGCCUACCCAAAUAUUUUAUAUAAAUAAACGUGUUUAAAAUGUU